UGACUUCGCACGUCAUUCGUACUUUUCUCCUUGGUUCAUAGAUACUGUAUCAAGUAAAGGAUUCUUAUUGUCAGCACAGUGCGAAAACUGCAAUAAUGGAUAAAGAGAAGCAGCAGAAAAUUGUUGAAAAAUGCUUAAACUUUAUGACGAAAGCUGAAGAAGUGCUUGAAUGUCCUAUUUGCUACAACAAUAGCAAGGAAAUGGUGCAGUGUUUGACUGGUCAUCAUGUUUGUCAUGAGUGCCAGAAAAAAUUAAAUAUAUGUCCACUUUGUAAUAAUAAGUUUCUUGGAACAAAGUCAUUUUUAAUGGAUGGCAUAACUGAUGCUCUUAGCAACAUUAAAUUGUCAUUAAGUAACUUGGAACAUGAUAUAAACGAGACAGUUGUCGAUAAUGGAAUAGAAACUUAUAGGAAACUUUUGAAAGAAGUUUUAUUCGAAUUCUCAAGUUACUGCUAUAGAAAUAAGACUUUCUUGUUGUUUCUUAAUAAGUAUCUGCAGAAUCCAGCUGCAUGUCCUAGUAAUGAGUUAGAAAAACAAUUGAUCAAGUUGACUUCGGAUCUAAGAAAUCUUGCUCACAUUAUUAAUAACACUGAAGCAACUCUUAUUGUGCUAAAAAAAAAAUAGUUAUCCUGAUUGUUGCUUGUUUCAAUUAUAUUGAAGUGUUCUCUUUUAUAAUCUAAUUAUUUUUCAUGUAACUAAAAAUGUAUCAAAUUUGAUAUUUUUGUUUAAUUUAUGUGAUUAUUCAAAUUUUCUAUCCUAUUCAAGCAGUAAGAAAACUUCAAAUAUAUUUAUGUUUAGUUAGAAAAACUAUUUAUCAGGUUCACUUCAGGUC